AUGUCAGCAUUUGAAGAUUUAGGUGUUUUACCAGAAAUAAUUAAAGCAAUUGAAGAAUUAGAUUGGUUAUUACCAACACCAAUUCAAACAGAAGCAAUACCAUUAAUUUUAGGUGGUGGUGAUGUAUUAGCAGCAGCAGAGACAGGAUCAGGUAAAACUGGUGCAUUUGCAUUACCAAUUUUACAAAUUACAUAUGAAACUUUAAAUAAAAAAGCAGAGAUUCCAAUAAUUGCACCAACCAAUACAUCAGGAGAAGAUGGCACUAGUGGUGGUGGUGGUGGUGGUGGUGGUGGAGAUACAAUUGAAUUGGAUCAAAUUGAUAGAGAUAAGAAUAUGGCAGUUGACGGAUUAAUUUGUCAAUCUCGUUCAUCGGAUUGGUGUGGUAUUAAAGCAACUAAAGGUAUAAGCAGUGGUAAAUUUUAUUAUGAAUCCAUUGUUAGAGAUGAAGGAUUAUGUAGAAUUGGAUUCGCUUUAAAAAAAUCAUCAAGAAAUAUUGGUACUGAUAAAUUCAGUUGGGGAUAUGGUGGUACUGGUAAGAAAUCACAUGAAUCUAAAUUUAUAGAUUAUGGUAAACCUUUUGGAAAUAAUGAUGUAAUCGGUUGUUAUAUUAAUUUUGAUGAAGAAAUAAUUGGUUUCACAAAGAAUGGUCAAGAUUUUGGUGAAGCUUUCACUUUCAACUCUAAAGCUGGUAUAUUCUAUCCUGCUUUAGUUUUAAAAAAUGCUGAAAUGGAAUUUAAUUUUGGUUCAAAACCAAUGAAACAUGAUUUAAAAGGUUAUAAACCAAUUAAUCAAGCUGAAUUAUUAAUUGAUCAACAGACUAGUACUCAAAUAGAUAAUUCAAAGAAUAAUAAUAAUAAUAAUAAUAAAAAAGGUAGUGGAAAUAAUAAAAAAAAUAAAGGAAAAGAUGAUGAUAAAAUGAAUGAUGAAGAUAAUAAUAAUAAACAACCACGUAAAACAUUAUCAUUAAUUAUUGAACCAACUAGAGAAUUAGCAGAUCAAGCUUAUAGUGCAAUUUUAAAUUUUUCAAAAUAUUUAGAUUCACCAAAGAUUCAAGUUUCAUUAUGUAUUGGUGGUGAGAAAUCAAAUGGUGGUAGAAAUAAGAUUGAAGGUGAUAUUAUAAUUGGUACACCAGGUAGAUUGGAAUCAUUGGUUAAAGAAGGUUCAAUUGAUUUAUCAUCUAUUAAAUUCUUUGUUUUGGAUGAAGCCGAUCAAUUGAUUGAUGAUAAUUUAGCAAUUGUAAAUUUCAUUUAUAAUAAAUUACCAAUUGGUCAAAAUUUACAAGUACUCUUUUUUAGUGCAACCUUACAUUCAACAAAGGUUAUUAAAUUUUGUGAACAAAUUACAAAGAAUCCAACAUGGGUAGAUUUAAAAGGUAGAGAUUUCAUACCAGAUCUUAUCACUCAUGCCUAUGUAAAAGCUGAUCCAAUCAAAUUUGAAUCACUUUGGAGAAAUAGUGAAAAUCCUUUACGUAUUCGUACUGAUGGUGUUCAUGCUUCAGAUGUUCAACAAUUUGGAAAGUUAAAAGAACCAGAACAAAAAUCAGAGGCUAUUAAAUUAUUAAAAGCUCAAUUACUCUUAAAAUGUAUUCAAUCAUUUAAAAUGGAUCAAGCUAUCAUUUUUGCACGUACACGUUUAGAUUGUGAUCAUAUUCAUCAGUUUUUGAAAGACGCUGGCGGUGGCAAUACCUCUGGAUUGGAGGGUGAAUUCUCUUCGACCGUUUUACAUGGUGGUGAUAAUAUUUCACGUGCUAGAAAAGAUAAUUUAGAGAAAUUUAGAAAUGGUGAUGUUCGUUUCUUAAUUUGUACAGAUGUUGCCGCUAGGGGUAUUGAUAUUAGAGGUUUACCAUAUAUGAUCAAUUAUACAUUACCAGAAUCAUUCGAAGAUUAUAUUCAUAGAGUUGGUCGUGUUGGUAGAUCCGAUAGAAUUGGUUUGGCAAUUUCUUUAGUGGCUUAUGAACAAGAGAAAGUUUGGUAUCAUACUUGUCGUGAUAAGGGUAAAGGUUGUCAUAAUACAAAAUUAACAGAGAAUGGUGGUUGUUGUAUUUGGUAUGAUGAACCUCAACUUUUCACUGCUAUUCAAGAAAAUAUUGGUCCAAUUGAAUUAGAUUCAGAUUUUCAAUUACCAAAAGAUAUGAAACAAUUAAAUUUCGGUGGUUCAACUAAAUUAACUGGUGCUUCUGCUGAUUAUAAACCUCAUACUGAGGAAUUACGUUCAAGAGUUUUACAAUUAUCUCAAUUAGAAGAAACUAUUCAAAUUGAUUAUUUAACUUUACCAAAAAGAAUAAUAAAAUUAAAAUAA